CUCCACGAUAUCUCCCACAAACUCUCAAACCUCUAUUGUACACCAGCAAUACAAACUCACCCACGACCCACACCAAAGCGCAAUACCAAAAACUAACCACAUCUACUCGACGGACUCGACUCGACAAUCCUCACAUUAACCAUCGUCUACCACCAUGAUCUCCACAGGCACAAAAUACGUAGCAUACGUAGUGGGCGCGCUCGCUUUCCUCACCAUGGCCUCCAUCCACCCAUUCACACCCAAGUCCAAAUCCGACUCUCACUCCCCAACCACAGUCAAACCCACAGCUGACCGCAAAUCACGAUUCAAUAUAAUGCGGUAUUCAUACCCCAGCACACAGAUCGAGCCAUCCAAGAUCGACGGACUCCCCGUCGCGCACUGCAGAACGCGUCAGCAGGCAAAUUGGUAUCUGGAUACGGUGCGGAAGAGGAUGGAUGGGGGUGUGCUGAAGGAGGGGGAUGGUGUGAGGUAUGAGGUGCAAAGACCAGGUGGGGGGAAGAAGACGUUUGUGUAUUGGAUUGAGGAGGUUGAGGGUGUGGAGGGGAUUAUGGAGUGUUAGGAGUUUAGUGCAUGGAGGCUGGUUGGUAGAAGUAGGAUAAGGGGAUAUAUAGUGGCGGUUGUGUAUUUGAUGGGUGUUUCUUUUGCCUGAAUGUAUCGCUUCUUCGCUUCUUUGUCGGAUAAAGGAAGAUAAUUUGUGUAGAUGAAAGGAAGUAGUUAAAGUGAAUUUAUUCCGCUAUCGAUGAAUUUGUAGUAGCCACAUCUAGAUCUGCAUUGGACCGGACAGAAUUGAGCGUUUCGAAGUACACCAGAUCUGAACUUGCAAAAGUGCGUCUUGUCCGUUGCAAUGAACGUUAUCAGAUGCAGCUCAUCGGUCGCGUUCUAUGUACGAAGAACCAGAUCACCCCGAAAGACAAAGAGCCGACCAAACUCCUUAGCAGGAAGAAGAUCGAAAGCAAUGAUUAGAAGACUGGUUUUGGUAUAUCGGGUGACAAUGACAAAGUCUGGACUUGACUGCACUGAUGUAAACGGCAAGCGAAGAGUGGGGUAAGUGGG